UUCCUAGUCCCAGGCCUCUUCCCCCUGCCCAGGCCCGGGAACCCGCGGAGUGCUGCCGGGCCAGAGCCUUGCCUGGGCCUCUACCCCCGUCCCUGGACCAGGGGCUGGACGCGGAGAGCGGGGCAUUAUCCCCCAGGGCCCCCACCCUCGGCCAGGCGGGCACCACGGCAGGGGCUGAGCCACCCUCAUGGAAGGGAGAGGACCAUACCGGAUCUACGACCCUGGGGGCGGCGUGCCUCUGGGAGAGGCAUCCGCAGCUUUUGAGCGCCUAGUGGAGGAGAAUUCCCGACUGAAGGAAAAAAUGCAAGGGAUAAAGAUGUUAGGGGAGCUUUUGGAAGAGUCCCAGAUGGAAGCGUCCAGGCUGCGGCAGAAGGCAGAGGAGCUGGUCAAGGACAGUGAGCCGCUCCCACCGCCGUCUCCCUCUUUGGCCUCCUUCGACCACCUGGCCGAGCUCACAGGAAAGGAUGCAGAUGUCCCAGCACCUCCCGCUGACCCUGCACGCCCCUGCGACAAGCCAGAGCCAAUCCCCAAACCUCCAUCCAGCGGCACCUCCUCUGAAUUUGAAGUGGUCCCCACCGAGGGGCAUUCUCCACCAGAGAGCAGUGGCCGCACCAGAGACACGACGUACCUGGGCCCCCUGCCCCACGAGGACAGCAACCUGAUGCUGCACCUGCAGCGCCUGGAGACCACCCUGAGCGUGUGUGCCGAGGAGCCGGACCGCAGCCAGCUCUUCACGCACCUGAGCCGCAUGGCCCUCGAGUUCAACCGGCUGGCCUCCAAGGUGCACAAGAACGAGCAGCGCACCUCCAUCCUGCAGACCCUGUGUGAACAGCUUCGGAAGGAAAAUGAGGCCCUGAAGGCCAAGCUGGACAAGGGCCUGGAACAGCGGGAUCAGGCUGCUGAGAGGCUGCGGGAGGAAAACCUGGAGCUCAAGAAGUUGUUGACGAGCAGCGGCAAAGAUGGUGCCUCCGGGCAGCCAGGCUCACCAAAGCUGGAAGGUGCGGGCAAGAAGGAGGUGGCCCCACAGCCACAGGCUAGUGUGACAGCAGGUAAAAUCUCAGAGGUGGGGGCCUUGGGUGCAGCUGAGAAGAAGGUGAGGAUGCUGGAGCAGCAGCGCACUGAGCUGCUGGAAGUGAACAAGCAGUGGGACCAGCAUUUCCGGUCCAUGAAGCAGCAGUACGAGCAGAAGAUCACCGAGCUGCGCCAGAAGCUGGCGGACCUGCAGAAGCAGGUGACUGACCUGGAGGCUGAGCGGGAGCAGAAGCAGCGUGACUUUGACCGCAAGCUCCUCCUGGCCAAGUCCAAGAUUGAAAUGGAGGAGACCGACAAGGAGCAGCUGACAGCAGAGGCCAAGGAGCUGCGCCAGAAGGUCAAGUACCUGCAGGAUCAGCUGAGCCCGCUCACCCGGCAGCGGGAGUACCAGGAGAAGGAGAUCCAGCGGCUCAACAGGGCCCUGGAGGAAGCACUGAGCAUCCAGGCUUCCCCAACAUCUCCACCAACAGCAUUUGGGAGCCCGGAAGGAGCUGGAGGCCUGCUGAGGAAGCAGGAGCUGGUCACACAGAACGAAUUGCUGAAACAGCAGGUGAAGAUCUUUGAGGAGGACUUCCAGAGGGAGCGCAGCGACCGGGAGCGCAUGAACGAGGAGAAGGAAGAGCUGAAGAAGCAGGUGGAGAAGUUGCAGGCCCAGGUCACCCUGUCGAACGCCCAGCUAAAAGCCUUCAAAGAUGAAGAAAAGGCGAAAGAAGCCCUCAGACAGCAGAAGAGGAAAGCAAAGACCUCAGCAGACCGCUACCACGUGGAGCCCCACCCAGAGCACCUCUGCGGGGCCUACCCCUAUGCCUACCCGCCCAUGCCCCCCAUGAUGCCGCACCACGGCUUUGAGGACUGGUCCCAGAUCCGCUACCCUCCUCCCCCCACGGCUAUGGAGCACCCGCCCCCACAUCCCAACUCACGCCUCUUCCAUCUGCCAGAAUACACCUGGCGGCUGCCCUGUGGAGGGAUACGGAAUCAGAGUUCCCAAGUGAUGGACUCGCCCGCAGCCAGGCCUGCAGAGCCAGAGUCUACCAAAAAUGACCGCGAGGGGCCUCAGUGAGACCAGAUUACGUCACUUGGCUCCACCUUCGUCUUACAGAGCCAGCUGACUUCAGACUACCGAAAAACUAGAGGCCACGUGCUCUGUGUGGCCAGAGCCUCCAGGAGGCUGAGAUGGAUGGCCAACUUGUGCUCUGGCCCCAACCCGAACUGUUUCCAGACUGGGGAGGCUCCAUCCAGAAGGCAUCCGUCCGGGCCUCUCCUUUGGAGUGAUCGGGAAAAACUCACUACUCUGCCACUGAGUGGAGAGAAGCGUCAUGUGGCCUUGGCCUGCCAUCCUCUGCAGGAGCUGCCGGGGGAUGUCAGUCUUUAGUGGGGUGCAAUCAAGACCCCUUCGUUUCAAAACUUCCCCAGAAGUGUUUCAGCAGCCCCUCUGGGGACCACAUUCAAUUCAUGUGUUUUAUUUUUGCUUCAAGCUCUGCUGUAGCAGGACCUGCCCCAUGCAUACCCUCUCUACUCCGAGGGGCUGCGGGAAGAGCAGGUUUGCCUCCAGGAGCAGAAGAAAACCACGAGUCAUCCUGCUGCUGGGCCCCCGCCCAUGGCAGCCUCACCAGUGCCACUGCAGCCCGGGAUGAAGGUCAUCCCAGCCACAUCUGCCAACAACCCCAGCCUGAAGCUGCCAGGCCCUCGGCCUGUAGCUGGAGGCCUGUGGUCCCAGAGGCCUGGAUUGGGGUGGCUCUUGAUCCCUGGGCAACUGUUUGCACGAAUCUUGGACAUAAAUCCAAGUUGAAGAUCAACAUUUUGUGACUGGUGUUCUUUGAUGCCCUGGCUAAUGUUCCCCUCCCAGUCAACCAGUGUGGCUUUCCUGUUGCCUCCCUCAGUGCUCUGUUCCUCCCAGACCCCCUGAGAGCAUCACCAUUACUCUUGGCAGAUGUCUCCUGGGGCCCUGCUCAGAGCCGCCAUGAGCGCUGGGCGUCCAGGGCCUGGGAGUCAGGCAACCUGGAUUUAUAUUCGGUCCUUCCCCUCACUUGUCAGGAGACCUUGGACAAGGCCUGGCCCUUCUCUGAGCCUCAGUUUCCUCAUCUGUCAAACGAAACCACCACAUCUCAGCCCUAGCUGCCUUAGAGAAUGGUGGGAUGAGAGGAGACGUGGACUGAUCUUAUAAACUCCAAAUGCUGACCGAGGAAGCAGAGCAGGCCUAGGUAGAAACCAAAAAGCAAGGGUCCAAAGCACUGCCUUCAUUUUGUUUUCUCUUCUCCUCCCUGCCUCCCGCCCUCACUGGCGCAGCCGCUUGAGGAAGCACCACAGGAGGCUGAGCUGCUGCAGAAAGGCCUUUACUAGGCACACAGGGAUGAGUCUAACACCAGUGGGUCAGGGUGAGGGGAGAGGGCACGUCCUCCGAAGGAGCGGGGGUGGCAUCCCUGCCCGGGGGCUUCAGCCUGAAUGCACUAAGGGCUGGCCCUUCAGACAGGCUCAAGGGAGGCCCGCCCACUAGGGCUUCGGGCCCCUCCUUCAUUCAGAUGCCGCCUCUGACCUGGCGAACGUGGUCCUCGCUCUCACAGCUGCCUUGGCCACUCUCAGGGAACACUGUGGGGUGGGUAGGGGGCUUGGGAGGGCCCUCAGGAAGGAGAGGAGGGAGGUUGGGCAGUGUGGCAGACCCAGAAGCUUCCAGGCACUUCAGUGUUGGUGUUUAGAGGCAGUGGGGGAUGCUGGCGCCAAGGGUUGACGUUUAGG